UUGAUGUCAUUGGUAUUACAAAAAUAUCCAAUCAUGCUUUAUGUAACCUACGUAAUGAUUUUAUGACUUUAUGAACUAUAGUUGAUGUCCUACAUCCCUCGAAAUGUUUUUUCUUGUAUACCUUUAGUUGUGUGAAAAUCGGGAAAAAAAAGAUCAAGCUUGUUUUUUUGUGUCUUUUUGUUAUGCUUUAUCUACAUAUUUACACUCUAUGCUACCUUUUACAGGUGACAUAAAAAAUAAGUAUACGUUUUUGUUUCUUAAGUUAAACAUAAACAAAGAAUUGCCGCUCAUUUAUUUAUUAUUGCGUAACACUAAACAGAACCCAUGAAAUAUCACAGUCCGUGUUUUAUCGGCGGUGAUAAAGUCCAUUCGCAUGUACUAUGAUGUGAAGUCGAAUAAGAUAUAUAUACUCAAAAAAACAAGUAACGCGACGCAAACAUCGCUGACCCUCUACUGAAAGGAUGUGAUGUUGUCAAGAGAACCGUAUUGCAGGAACAGAUUAUGAAAUCUAGUAUUAACAGACACAUUUAAAAGAAAAAAAUUUAAAGGAAUAAUCUAUCAACAUAUAUGCAUAUGGUCAAACUGCUAAAAAAUUUAAAGAAUACAGGUUUGUUAUGAAGAAAAAGUUUCACGAAUCAUCAGUCGAGGAACCCUCUACAGAGCCGGACAGAGCAUUGAUAUCUAUUAGCUGUUAAUAUGAGCGAAGUGAUUAAUGUUAGCGAUAAGAAAAUUCUAAUCAUGCUAUCUCUGACAUUUUUCAUCAUCACUUUUUUCGCUUUGUUUUAGAGUUUAUGAGCUGAAACUAUCUCAAGAGAAAGUUAACUGCUAUCUAAUUCGUUACUUUUUUUUACUGAUAGAUGUAAAAGUCAAAUGGGCGGUGAUGUAAAGAAUAGUCAAAUAAAAUCAUGUUUGACUCGUGUCUCUCGGCAUGAGAAAAAGUUCAAACGAUUUAUGACUCAACUUUAAUUUGCCAUAGAAGUUUUUUUAAUGACUCAUGACUUGACUUGACUUUUUCUUUUUGUGAGUUGACAGUAAAAUACAAAUCAGAUCUAGGGUGUGGGUGUAGUGUUUGGGUGUGGGGUGUGAGUGUUGAUUUCACUAUGGUCACACCAACACCCACACCCUACAAAUCUCAAUAUCUGUCAUAGAAAUUCUCAUCAUUUUCUUAUUAUUUUUUUUCAUUUAGUCAUUUCUCUACGUUUUCUUCUACUUUUUACUUUCAAUUAUUGGUAAUUUCACAUUUUUUGUUUUUGCAAUUCAUUUACUUGAUGUUGCAAUAAGUGUAAAAGCUUUAAGUACAAUAUUAAAAUCUAUAACACACAAUGGUAGACAAUUACUUUUAACAAUAAUGUUAAUGGCUGUUGUUGUUUAUCUUUAUACAGUAAUUAUAUUUAAUUUUUUUCGUAAAUUUUAUACGAAAGAAGAAGAUGAAGAACGAGAAGAAAAUUGCAAAGAUAUGUUUACUUGUUUUAAAUUUUAUCUAUAUUCGGGUAUUCGAGCUGGUGGUGGUAUUGGUGAUGAACUUGAAUCACCUAAUGAUGAUCCACUUGAAUUAUAUCGAAUUGUUUUUGAUAUAAUGUUCUUUUUCUUUAUUAUUGUUAUUCUUCUUGCUAUUAUUUAA